GGCGGAGGUACCCCGAGCGCGGGCCGAACCCCGCCUGGCCACUUGAGUAGGCGGGCGGGCGCGCACGUACGCACGCACGCACGCACACUUCAGCCCCCGCGCCCCUCGUUCCCCGGCUACCAGGCGCGCGGUCACGUGGGCCCAUCGCGGGGCGGCCGGCGCGGAAAGCCGCGCGAGAGCGGACCGCAGGGUGCGUGACCGGCGCCGCCGCGUGACGUGCGCGGCGCGGGAGCCGCCCCUCCCGCACGGAGGAGCCGGCUGGCCGCCGCGGCGGCGUCUGGAGCCACAAUGGACACAGCUAGCCAUAGCCUUGUCCUUCUGCAGCAGCUGAACAUGCAGCGAGAAUUUGGUUUUCUGUGUGAUUGCACAGUUGCCAUUGGAGAUGUUUACUUCAAAGCCCACAGAGCAGUGCUUGCUGCUUUUUCUAACUAUUUCAAGAUGAUAUUUAUUCACCAAACAAGUGAAUGCAUAAAAAUACAACCAACUGACAUCCAGCCUGACAUAUUCAGCUAUUUGUUGCACAUUAUGUACACGGGGAAAGGGCCAAAACAGAUUGUGGAUCACAGUCGUUUGGAGGAAGGGAUUCGAUUUCUUCACGCCGACUAUCUUUCUCACAUUGCGACUGAAAUGAAUCAAGCGUUCUCACCAGAGACUGUGCAGUCUUCAAAUUUGUAUGGCAUUCAGAUCUCAACGACCCAAAAAACAGCUGUCAAGCCUGGGCUGGAGGUCAAGGAAGCUCCUGCCAGUAACAAUGGCAACAGAGCUGCUGUCCAGGGUGACCACCGCCAGCUGCAGCUGUCUCUGGCCAUCGGGCUGGAUGACGGCACCACAGAGCAGCAGAGGGCCCGUCCUGCCGCCCAGGCCUUGGAGGGGCGCCAGGAGCCCCCAGUGUCCAUCAAGCAGGAGACGUGUGACCCAGAGUCUGCGCUCUCCCAGAGCCACCCCUCACUCUCAUCCGAGGCGACAGGCCCCACUUUCACGGAAAGCAGCAUCAAAACACACUUGUGCCAUUACUGUGGGGAACGUUUUGAUUCCCGUAGUAACCUACGGCAACAUCUCCAUACCCAUGUGUCUGGAUCCCUCCCAUUCGGUGUCCCUGCUUCCAUUCUGGAAAGCAAUGACCUUGGUGAAGUACAUCCACUUAAUGAAAAUAGUGAGGCCCUUGAAUGCCGCAGGCUCAGCUCCUUCAUUGUCACGGAGAAUGAGCAGCAGCGUGACCACUCAAACCAGGGUGCCGCAGAGCCUCUGCAGAUCAGUCAAGUGGCUUUAAUCUCCAAAGACACAGAGCCAGUAGAAUUAAACUGUAAUUUUUCUUUCUCAAGGAAAAGAAAAAUCAGCUGUUCCAUCUGUGGUCAUAAAUUUCUCCGAAAGAGCCAAUUGCUAGAACACAUGUAUACACACAAAGGUAAAUCUUACAGAUAUAACCGAUGCCAAAGGUUCGGCAAUGCGUUAGCCCAGAGAUUUCAGUCAUAUUGUGACAGUUGGUCUGAUGUCCCCCUGAAAAGUUCUCGCUUGUCACAAGAGCAGUUAGAUUCACCUUGUGCCUUAGAGUCAGAGCUCACACAAGAAAAUGCAGACACUAUCCUUGUGGAGUAGCAGUUUCUUCUUCAUGAUUUUUAUACCCAUGCUGAAAAAGAAAAUUCACAUGAAUUUGUAUUCAUAAAUUAUUUUCCUCCUC